CACAUGCAAGGUUGAAAAAUCUGAACAGGACAGGGAGGUUAAGAUUUCCCUUUCAACGUGCCUGUCGCCUGAAGAGCUUUGCCAUCAGCCUUGCAGGGGCCUACGCGCUGAAGUAUACAGUAUGGGGAAACCUCUCCGAUUCCUUAUGGACUUACGACCAUCUCUUCUUUCCGUCUAUGUCAGUGCCGACCUCUGAGGCAUCGAACUCCACCGGCCAGGAAAGCAUCACCGUCUCAUUGCUGGCGCGGAGGGCGGUGCUCGAUUGUGCAGCAACUGAACCUUCAAAGAAUACGGCCCUCGUCCAGAACACAACAUGGGAUGGUAAAAGAUCACAAGAGACUUCGACCAAGAUCUACACUGAAGUCGUCGAUACAUGUGCGGGAAAACCCGAUAAGGUCUUGCCAUUUUCCUUCUACAGAUGGAACGGCAUCACCUCAUACGGUGCUGACCAUCGACAAUCGAGUCCGCCACGCACCGACGAGGCUUCAAUGCGCUACGUAAGAGGUACUCAACAGUACCCGGUCGUCGAUUAUCUACAAAACAUUGGUAUCUUCUCCACCAACGAUACCUUCAAGGCCGAAGCCGCCAAACUGGGGACCUUCUUCUUGGCUGUCAUCCCGAGGAAAGAUGGCGUACCUGCAGAACAACUCGUUGGCGAAGCCAACAUCUCCCGCCUCACUAGCGCAGUGAGUAAGAUGUAUGGCCGCUACAUUUCACAAGUCAUGUCGCGCAAGAUGCGCGUCCCACUAAACUCAAUCGAUCAAGCACAGCCACUGCAAGUGACAUUGACAGAGCGCAAGUCCCGCCUCGCCCAACACUCAGCGCCAGAAGUCGCACUACAAGUGCUUUUAGGCACCAUGAUGCUUUGCGGCAUAUUGAGCUGGAUCCUGAUGCCAAACGUUCGCAUCUUGCCACAUGACCCUUGCUCGAUUGCUGGGAUGGUGUGCUUGCUUGCUGGAAAAGGGAUUUAGGGAAAUGGGAAAAAGGAGUGGGAGGAGGGCCAGGUGUUUCGGCUUGAGACCAGGGAUGGGAGAGUUGGGAUUUAUGCUGUGGGUGCCGAGAGUCGACGGAUUGUUGAUUAGUUCAUCGGUUUACUUGAUCAAUGUAAUCUCUCCACAAUUUCGGGACGUCUUUCCAAGUAAAUGGUAGAUUCAACCCAAUAAGAAGAUUGUGGUUGUGUUUGUAACCGCAAAAACAUCACUACAUACGUUCGAACACCUAUGAAUUAUUACGAGUAUUCAGCAUAAAAG